AUGUGGAAGAUGAUUUUAACGAUAGCUAUUAAUUUAUUUGUAUUUGGAGUUAUAACUUGUUAUGGAGCUAAUGAUAUUAAUGUAAAAAUUGAAAGGCAUUUUCCAUGUUCACCAAGUAGUGGACCAAGUAAAGAAAAUACUUUAAUAAAAUUUCCAUCAUACAAAUCUCCUGGUGUUAAAUUUGAAGAAAUAAUUAAUGCACAGGGAAAUAAAUGUUUCAAAUUAUCUGGUGGUAAAGUUGAGGUAUUUGGUAAAGGUCUUGAUGGUAAUAAAAAAUAUUAUGUUCAUCUUGAAACAAGAAUUGGUAUUCAUGGUAAACCAGAAAGAUGUGUUAAUGCAGAUGGUGAAGGUUGUGGAGGUAUUGGAUCCUGUGUACAUUGUGAUAUUUGUAAAAAUAUGGGUGGAGCACUUAAAAAUUUUGUUGAAAUAUUACAAGGUGGUCAACCAGCUAAAUGUCAUUCAGAGGGUCUUCCAAAAGGAAGUUAUGAUGAUUUAAGUUUAAAAGUUUGCCUUCCAACAAAAAAAGAACUUUUACCAUUCCUUGAUGAAAAUAGUACUAGAGCUCAACAACUUUGGGAUUUAUUUGUCUCAUCAAGAUCUAAAUCAGGAGAAAUUCCAUUAGUAGUAGCAGCACGCCUCUUUGAUCGACCAAUAAAUAAAUUAACAACAAAAGAACUUAAUGAUGCUCUUCAUGGUAAGAAAAUUGGUAUGGUUGGAUGUCAUUGGAUAUAUGCUACAAUUUCUCAAACAUAA